GGGGCCGGCAGCAGCAGCGGAGCCGCCCCGGGCGGAGCGGGCGCGGCCGCGGGCGCGGGGGGCCCAUGGGGCCGGUGCGGCCGUGAGCGCUCGGCUCGGUCCGGUCCGGUCCGGUUCGGCUCGGCUCGGCUCGGCUCGGCUCGGCCAUGGACGGACACGCGGCUCCGGGCGCGGGCGGCGAGGAGCCGCUGGGCUCCGGCAGGAUGAACGCGAAGCGCGGCGGGCGCGCCGCGGAAGAGGAGAGCCGGAACAAGCCCAAGCUGAAUAUUCAAAUAAAAACUUUGGCAGAUGAUGUGCGUGACAGAAUCACAAGCUUCAGGAAGUCAGCAGUGAAAAAGGAGAAGCCUCUCAUUCAGCAUCCUAUUGACUCUCAGCCUUCCAUCAGUGAGAUCCCACAUGCCCAGGCACUUGUUGAUGAGCGCUGCAUGAACUUAUCAGAAAAAGAAGUUAUGGAUCUCUUUGAAAAAAUGAUGGAGGACAUGAACCUGAACGAGGAACGAAAAGCUCCUUUGCGAGACAAGGACCUGAGCACCAAACGGGAGAUGGUUGUGCAGUACAUCUCUGCCACUGCCAAAUCUAUAGUCGGAAGUAAAGUUCCGGGGGGACUGAAAAACAGCAAGCAUGAAUGUACCCUGUCCUCACAAGAAUAUAUCCAUGAACUGAGAUCUGGAAUUUCAGAUGAAAAACUUCUUAAUUGCCUGGAGUCUUUGAGGGUGUCUCUAACCAGCAACCCAGUCAGCUGGGUUAACAAUUUUGGACAUGAAGGUCUUGGACUUCUGUUGGAUGCAUUGGAAAAGCUUCUGGACAAGAAACAGCAAGAAAGUAUUGAUAAGAAGAAUCAACAUAAACUUAUCCAGUGCCUCAAAGCAUUUAUGAACAAUAAAUAUGGUUUGCAAAGGAUUCUAGGAGAUGAAAGGAGUCUCUUGCUGCUGUCAAGAGCAAUUGAUCCAAAGCAACCCCACAUGAUGACUGAGACAGUGAAAAUACUUUCUGCCAUCUGCAUUGUUGGAGAGGAAAACAUCCUGGACAAGCUUUUAGGUGCUAUAACAACUGCUGCAGAGAGGCACAGCAGGGAGGAGCGCUUCUCCCAGAUUGUGGAAGGCCUGGAGAACCACGAGUUCAUCCAGCUGCAGGUAGCUUGUAUGCAGCUCAUCAAUGCCCUUGUUACAUCCCCUGAGGACCUGGAUUUCAGGAUACACUUGAGAAAUGAGUUUUUGCGUUGUGGCCUGAAGAAAAUAUUGCCUGCCUUGAAAGAUAAGGAGAAUGAGGAGCUGGAUAUUCAGCUGAGGGUGUUUGAUGAGAACAAAGAUGAAGACCACUUUGAACUGUCACAUCGUCUCAACGAUAUCAAAGCUGAAAUGGAUGAUGUGAGCGAAGUGUUUCAUCUCCUGUACAAUAUGGUGAAAGAUACUUCUUCUGAAAAUUACUUCUUGUCAAUUCUCCAGCAUUUCCUUCUGAUCAGGAAUGAUUACUAUGUCAGACCUCAGUAUUACAAGAUCAUAGAAGAAUGUGUGUCUCAGAUAGUGCUGCACUGCAGUGGCAUGGACCCAGAUUUUAAAUACAGAGGAAGGAUGGACAUUAACUUUACACAUCUUGUUGAUGCAUGUGUGGACAAAGCUAAAGUAGAAGAGAGUGAAAAGAAAGCAGCAGAAUUUUCCAGGAAGUUUGAUGAGGAGUUCACAGCUCGACAAGAGGCACAAGCAGAGCUGCAGAAACGAGAAGAGAAAAUCAAAGAACUUGAAACAGAAGUCAAACAGCUCCGGACCCAGGGUCCAAGCCUGACAGAAGUCCCAGCAGUACCUCCAGCCCUCCCAAGUGAGAACGUCCCACCAUCUCCAGCACCUUCAUUGCCUGGUGGAGACAUUCCUCCUCCUCCUCCCCUCCCUGGUGUAACAAUUCCUCCUCCUCCUCCUCUGCCUGGUGGACCAGCCAUUCCUCCACCACCUCCCCUGCCUGGUGCAGCAGUUAUUCCUCCACCACCUCCCUUGCCUGGUGUAGGAGGGAUUCCUCCCCCCCCUCCACUCCCUGGUUCAUCAGUUCCUCCCCCAGCGCCUCCUCUGCCUGGUGCAACCAUCCCACCUCCCCCUCCUCUGCCCAAUGUGCCCCCACCCCCUCCUCUGCCUGGGCAAGGGGGGCCUCCCCCUCCUCCUCCUCUGCCUGGGCAAGUGGGGCCUCCCCCUCCUCCCCCUCUGCCUGGGGGGGCCAUCCCUCCUCCGCCGCCUCUGGGGGGGCCCCCGCUGCCUCCCCCUCUGGGGGGGGCUCCCUUUGCUCCCUUCCCAGUGAUCCCAGCACUGCCUCAUGGCAUGAAGGAGAAGAAGAAGUAUAAGCUGGAGGUCUCAAUGAAGAGAAUCAACUGGUCAAAGAUUGAGCCUCAAGAAAUAGGAGAAAACAGCUUUUGGGUAAAAGCUGAAGAAGAUAAAUUCGAAGACCCAGAGCUGUUUGCAAAAUUGGCACUUACCUUUGGAACCCAAAUGAAAGCCAAAAAGCCUGUAGAAGAAUCAGAAGAAAAGAAAGCAGCUCAGUCAAAGAAGAAGAUCAAAGAAUUAAGAGUUUUGGAUGGAAAAUCUGCACAAAAUUUAUCAAUAUUUUUGGGUUCCUUCCGUUUGCCUUAUGAAGAAAUAAAAAAUAUCAUUUUAGAGGUGGAUGAGGAGAAGCUGAGUGAAUCCUUGAUUCAGAACCUGGUGAAGAAUCUUCCUGAGCAGAAAGAACUCAAUGCCUUAGCUGAAUUAAAGGAUGAAUAUAAUGAUCUUGCUGAACCAGAGCAAUUUGGAGUUGUGAUGAGCUCGGUGAAGAUGCUGCGGGCGCGGCUCAACGGGAUCCUGUUCCGCCUGAUGUUCGAGGAGCACGUCAACAACAUCAGGCCUGACAUCAUGGCAGUGACCUUGGCCUGUGAGGAGCUCAAGAAGAGCGAGAGCUUCAGCAAGCUGCUGGAGCUGGUGCUGUUCCUGGGCAACUACAUGAACUCGGGCUCCAGGAACGCUCAGUCCCUUGGCUUCAACAUCAGCUUUCUGUGCAAGAUUCGAGAUACGAAAUCAUCAGAUCAGAAAACCACCCUGUUGCAUUUUCUGGCAGAAAUCUGUGAGGAGAAUUACAGAGACAUCUUGAAAUUCCCAGAUGAGUUGCAGCAUGUUGAGAGUGCAAGCAAAGUUUCAGCCCAGACUCUGAAGAGCAACCUUGACUCCAUGAACCAGCAGAUCCAGCGGCUGGAGAGGGACAUUGAGAAUUUCCCCAAAACCCAGGAUGAGCACGACAAGUUUGUAGAGAAGAUGAGCAGCUUUGCUGAGAGUGCCCGAGAGCAAUAUGAAAAACUGUCCAACAUGCACAGCAACAUGACCAAGCUGUAUGAAAACUUGGGAGAGUACUUCACCUUUGAUCCCAAAGCAAUAAGCAUAGAAGAAUUCUUUGGUGAUCUGAGCAACUUCAGAACUCUGUUUUUGGAGGCAUUAAAAGAAAACAACAAAAGAAGAGAAUUGGAGGAGAAAACCAAGAGAGCCAAGCUGGCCAAGGAGAAGGCAGAGAGGGAGAGGCUGGAGAGACAGAAGAAGAAGCAGCAGUUGAUUGACAUGAACAAAGAGGGUGACGAGACAGGAGUGAUGGACAGUCUGCUGGAGGCCCUGCAGUCGGGAGCAGCGUUCAGGGACCGCAGGAAACGAACGCCGCGGCCGCAAGAUAACAAACGAGUAACUUUGGAAAGGUCUCGUUCUCGACACAACGGAGCAAUUGCAGCUGUAUGAUUCUUCUGAUGCCAAAGAAUUAAUGAAUUGUUUUAUUUCCAAUGAAAUGGAUGUGCUUUGGGAAGAGUUUAUCAUCCAAAUUGGCAAUGAUCAUAAAGGAAUACUGGUAUUGAGUACAUGAGAUGGUGUACAAAUAUGUAAUUUUAAAGCUGUUGCUAAAAACAUCCACAUACUGUAUCUUAUUUCCCCAACUACCAAGAUCUGUAAACAGUGUUAAACAGUAGGGUAUAUCUCUUAUUUUCUUAUGUUUUCUUUUUUUUCCCGCCCCUUUUGUUUAAGCUGGCAACUCACAUGAAAGGAGUUGGGGAUUUCUAGGUUAUGUUUUAUAUGGGUAAGAAAAUACAGUUUUGUUGAAAGAGUACAGCUGUGGAUUCCAUUUGCAGUUCUGAUUUGAACAUGAAAGGAAAAAUAAUAAAAUUGUAUGUUAAUAAAUUCAGAGAUGAGCUGGUCUACAUUAUCAGAAUCUUUUUUGUAACCAUAAAAAAGCAACACAUAGCCCCAGUCAGGUUGCUGAAAACCUUAUCUCAGUGUAAAGCCUGGUGGAUUCAGCUGUUUCAGCUGCCAGUAGGAUACACCACAUAUCUACACUUUUGGUGAUAUGAUGAUGAGUAGUUACUUAUCACUGCUAAAAAGAAAAAAAAAAUUAAAUAAAACAGAGCAUAGAAUUUUUCCAAAAUGAUAUCAAGGGCAGGAUAUGUUUUUAACUGUAUCUAAGGAGGGAUUUUUCUAAUUGUGCACUUAUAUAUUCUUUAUAAAAGUAUUUGGGGGAAAGUAUGAUUGUCCUAUUUUGAUGAUGCUAAAAUACCUGUGUGUAGGUUUUUAGAGACAAUGAAGUUUUUCAGAGCUGCCUCUGAGUUCUUUCCUCUGUUUCUCAGGUAAAAUUCGUAGCAGGGUCUCCACUGGUGGAUUUUAGUGCUGAGAUUUUUGCAGCUACCAACACACUUCCUACCUGGAGCACUGCCUAGCAGUGACCAAGUCUGAUUUUUGGGAAGCUCCUCCCAUUGCUCUCUGUGUCCAGGCACUGCAGCUGCUCAGGUGAGCAGUCACUGUUUGUCCUGCCACUGUCCCUUUGUCCCCAGGGCAGUGCCCAGCCUGGCUGGGCUCACUGCAGCUCCAGUGCUCACCUGGAUGGGAUGGAGGACUUGAAGUGGAAUUCCAGUGGAACUACUGCCUAAGUUGCUGAGCUCUGAUGUUUUUAAAGAAUCAGGAUGCUCUGCAGUAGCUGGCACUUGUUCUCAGUUUAUUAAUGCUUAUCACUGAUUGGUGAAAUUAUUAUGGAUGCUUUUAUUGCCUGGGUUUAUGGGAACUUGGGGUUUUUUAGUGUCUGUAAAGGCUGUUUGGAAGGUGAGGUGUCACGUGGUGUCUGUGCACAAACUGCUUGUUCUGGGGCACUUUGCUCCUGGGGCAGUGGAUCUUUGCACUACUGCUUGAGCCAAGCAUCUUUGUACAGUGGAUUCUUUUUGCUUCUCUGGUGAGAUCCUCUUAAAACUAGUUUGGGAUAAAUUCUCACAAUUACAAACUACAUUACUGUAAGAAAAGAUACAGCUCCUUUUCAAUCUAGUAUUGAAUUUUAAUUUUUUCUGUUUUUCAAAACUUGUCUUCAAAGAGUACAGGGGGUUUGCCCAUAGCUGUAAACAUAGGAAUACCACUGAAGCCUAGUGAAAUGCUUGCUGUCAACUAAAUACAAUCCCUAAACUUUGGGGGUUUUAGUAACACACUGAAGAGUUGGAUGGUACUUCAGGAAAAAAAAAAAAAAAAAAAAAAAAAAAGGAAAAAAAAGCAUGCAACAGGAUUUUGUCUCCUUGUUUAUCAGUAAGAGCUAGAAAGAAUUCUGUCCUGUUUCCUGCAAGGUCAACAUCAGCCUUGUAUUGAAACAUUGCAUCUUUAAAUGGAACUAUUAAAUUUCCAGUUCGAAAAAUGUGCUUAAUGUACAAAGCCAGUUUAAAGGAUUAGGUUCAUAAUGUCUGUAUAAAUCAAUAGUGUCUUAGAAUUCAGAUUUUGAAACUAGCAUUUGCUGGGAUUUACAAGCAUUGGUAUAAUCUUUAUAUGUGAAAACUCAAAAGCUCUCCACAGAAUCUUUAUAUGAUAGCAGUAAUUAUUAGUGCACAAGUUUUUCAUUUCCAUGGGUUCUAUUUUUUUGUUUUUGGAAAGCUCUGUGAAUGCUGGCUACAGAUUUUCAAGAACCAAAUCUUAGGAAAAAAAAAAAAGGCAAAUCCGAAAUAACAACAUCAUCUGAUGCUUCUAUUUUACUACUAUUUUUUUCAUAUUUGAAACAUUUAUAUAAUUUAAUGGACAUAUCUGUUAGAACAAAAGUGUCUUUCAAAGGAAAACUAGUUUAGAAGAUAAUUUAUGUAAAUAUAGGGUGCUCGUAUUUAUGAAGUCUAAAAUAUUUUCUGAAAUUGAUGCUGGUCACUUUGUCUUUUGAUAGUUUUUCAGUCUAUAUUAAAUUGCAGAUAUUUUUAAUGUUUUUAUUAUUGAUCUAAUUUUCAGAGGUGUCACAUGUUUAUCUAGAAGUGUAGAAGAGUAGCACCUUUUUCAGAAAUGCACUUGCCUUAUUUUCUAAUUUUAAAAAAAAUGAAAUAUAUCAGUUAAAUUAUAUUUGUAUUCAAAGUAAUCCCAGAAAGAAAAUCACUGGAGGGUUCAUACAUAAAUUUCUUGCUAAUUAUGUUUCACUCUCUGUCCUCUGAGACAUGAUGUUGACAAUAUACCAGCACAUCUGUUUGCAUUCACUUCUUACCAGUUACAAGUACUGAGAGAGGUUUUUUUUUUUAAUGAUGUUACACUGUUUACAUUUCUUAGUUUAUUUAAGAGGAAGAUAAUUUUACCUUUGCAAUGAAUCAAAGCUCCAAAUGUCAUGGGAAUGAGAAGUUUCAAUCAUGUACAAAUGUACAAAUCUGUGGCUGGACAGGUCAGAGAUGGAAAGGCCCUGGGCUCCUUUAGCUCCAGUUUUGGGCAGUGCUGAGCAAACAGGUUCUGUCCUGUCUGUUUGUCUGUUCAGCAGGGAUCCUUUCCCAGCAUCCACUGGUUUUGUGUUCAUCAAGUUAUUUGGCUAAAACCAAAACAGAAGCAGUGCCUCCAGGGGCUUCCCAGGAACAUUGGCAUUUGUUCUGGUUUUAGUCAAAAUGAGAGAUCUGAAACGAUCUGUUCUUGAGAACUGAGAUCCAAGAGUGUUCCCAUAGUUCCCUUCUGUAAUAUGCAAAUAAUCAUAUCUGUAUAUUUUUGCAUUUUUGUGUGUGGUAUAUGUACUACCUCAGACAAAUGCUGUAAAAAACCAUCAUAUUUUCAUGAUUUCUAUCCAAGCCACAAUCCAUUAGUGACCUACUUUGAAUUCAUCCCACAACACACCAAACUCUGAGAAUCUGGCUGAGUUUGAGGUUUGGCUCUGGAAAUCCUCCAAUAGCUUUUGUUAAGGAAACUUUGCAGCUUGUGCAUCCCUCAGGCAAGCCCUGCUUUGGUGGGUGCCUUUAGUCCCUGCUGCCCUGAGAAUGAUCUAGCUGGUCAAUAUUUCAAGCUGGUGAUGGUUCUGUGGGAGCAAACUUCCCUCUGUGUGUAAAUUGCUUUUUUUCCAUUCAGCAAAGGCUUGGCUGAGUUCUACUUUGCUGUUUGCCUUCCAAGUGCUGCAAGGUGGGGCAGGACGAGUGCUGGGCAGUGUCCAGCCCACCUCUGAUGUGCCAUACUGUAUUUGCAAGUUGAAACUCAUUUUUCAAGAAGUGUUUGUGAGAAACCUCUUCUUCUGUGUCUCCACACACGCCCACGCAUGCACACAAAAUGUAAAUAAAAUAAAAUUUUUUUUUUUUUUUUUUUUAAAUGAAGAAAUCAAAGCAGAUGCAGCCAAAUGCUUCAGGUGUCUCCAGGUCUCCUAGUGCUGCUUUUUGUGCCCCAGGGAGGGAGUUGUGUGAGCCUGUGCAUCCUGCAGUCCUGCAAGCACCCCCUGAUGUCACUGGGAGAGGGGAGAGGAGAAGGAUUUGUUCUUGGAGUGCUUUUAGCACUGUUUGAGGUGAUACAUAUGCCACAGAAUGUGAACAAUAACCUAUUACAGUUCAGUCAGUCUGCUAUCAUGCACCAUUUGAUUUCCCUUUUGGAAGUCAUAGGACUCCUGAUGCCAAAAAAAAAAAAAUUAAAAAAAAAUAAAAAUAAAAAAAAGGUGACAAAACUCAUGCAUUUCUAUUUUUUAAACAGCUCUGUGUUUGUAUGUAAUGUUUAAAAUAGGAAUUUGAUGAAAUCACAGCCUGGCCAUUGUUAAUCCAUGUAUUCUGAAAACUGUAAUAAAGAUAUACAGACCAUGA